UAAAUUUCAAACAAACAACGCCAUCUAUAGGACCUUCUGUACUUUAUUGUUUGCUUGCGCCCUUCACGUUCCGCGGUCGUUUCGUUUUGCGGUUUUCAUUUGCCUUUGUCGAUCAUUUUCUUUCUCGCGUAUGUUAUUGUUUUCGCGUGUGUGAAAUGAACAUUGUUUACUUCAAAUCUUAUUUUGAAACAGCAAAGCAUUAUAUUCGAAAGGACAGUAUGAUUGAGAAAAGUACUUUAAACAAAGAAGUGCACAUACUCGUGUAUUUACAUGAAACUGAAUUAAACUCUCGAUUAUGAAAUUUCAAGUUAGGUUAUAAGUUCAAUGACAAUACAUCAGCUAUGAUUUUAACGACAAUUUUAUCAUAUUUAUAAUUAUUUAACAAUUAUUCAUUAAAAAAUAACGAGGAGUUCUUAAAAGUAACAUGAUUCUGUUUGAUUUAAAAACUCAUUGUUAGAUAUUAUUAUAAGUACUUGCAAUUAGUUCAAGUACUUAUGUUUUUGUACAAAUUAUUAAAAUGGCACUGGAUAUGAGGCAAAGUCAACGGUUAAGUCAAGAAGCUAUGAGGCACUAUUUGUCAGAAUGCAAGCGCACACAAGGAAAGGCAGACAUGAUUGUAGUUAUUUUUCAUGCCAAAGUUGCACAAAAAUCAUACGGUACUGAGAAACGAUUUUUCUGUCCACCACCGUGUGUUUACCUCAGAGGUAGUACUUGGACAAUGAGACAAGAGCAAAUGCGUAGAGAUGGUGAAUCUGAGCAGUCGACACAACUUUGUGCUUUCAUAGGUAUCGUUGGAAAUGCAGAUCAAGAUGUUCAACAAUUAGAUUUAAAUAAUGAAGAACAAUACUGUGCUGCCAAAACUUUAUUUAUAUCUGAUUCGGAUAAAAGAAAACAUUUUAUGCUAUCCAUCAAAAUGUUUCAUGCCAAUGGCCAUGACAUUGGAGUUUUCAUGAGCAAUCGUAUUAAAGUCAUAUCGAAACCUUCAAAGAAAAAACAGUCAUUAAAAAAUACCGAAUUAUGUAUUGCUAGUGGAACAACAAUCGCUUUAUUCAAUCGAUUACGUUCUCAAACUGUUAGUACAAGAUACCUACAUGUUGACAAUGAUCAUUUUCAUGCAAGCUCUACACAAUGGAGUACAUUUACAAUUUAUUUAUUGGAUGAUGAAGAAAGUGAGAAUGAAGAUUUUGAGCCAAAAGAUGGUUACAUCCAUUAUAAUAAUACAAUUAAAUUAGUAUGCAAAGAUACAGGAAUGGCACUACCUCGACUCAUCAUAAGAAAGGUGGAUAAAUCCAUGGCAAGCUUGGAUGCCGAUGAUCCAGUAUCUCAAUUACAUAAAUGUGCCUUUUUUCUGAAAGACACAGAUCACAUGUAUUUGUGUCUAUCUCAGGAAAAAAUCGUUCCCUUCAACGCAACGCCCUCGCCGAAAGAAGUCAAUAAAGACAUGAUUAACGAUGGAGCUUGUUGGACAAUAAUUAGUACAGAAAGAGCAGAGUAUAAAUUUUAUGAAGGCAUGGGUCCAGUGCACGCGCCAGUAACGCCCGUACCAGUGGUCGAAUAUUUGAAUCGAAUGAACAGCACUGAUGUGCCUACAUUGGAAUUGAAAGGCGAUAAUUUUGCACCAAACUUGAAGGUAUGGUUUGGCGACGUCGAAGCAGAAACUUGGUAUAGAACCGAACAAAGUAUGGUAUGCACAGUACCAGAUAUGAGCGAAUUCCAGGGAAAUUGGUCGUGGAUUAAUCGAGGAACCGAAGUACCGGUUUUGCUUGUACGCAACGAUGGUAUUAUUUACUCUACCGGACUUACGUUCAACUACGACGUUGAGAUUGGUAGGAAACGAGCAGCCAUGCAAAUCGCUGCUUCGGCAGCUGCGAUAUUGCAACAACCGGCUAUCGCUGAUAUUCCGUGGAUACAACCACCACAAGUUCAGCAUCAUCAGCAUGCCCAGUAUCCAAUCUAACAUUUUUACCAAAAUGUGCCUAAUGAGAUGGAACUCAAUUUCUUAGUUUCUUCCUACUCAGACUGCAAUUUUCAGAAUAAUUUUUACUUUAAAUAUUUUGGACUAUAUAAACAUCUGUUAUGUGUAUAUCAUUAUAAACCAUAUACCAGUUUAUACUGUUUGUUUGUAUAUAUACAUAAACAGACUAUCGGAUCUCAAAUUAGUUAUGUAGUGAAAUGUGAUAUUUUAUAACUUUUAUUGUAAUUGUAUAUUCAAGUAUUUAAAACGUCUUAAAAUCAUUAGAAUCAGUAAAAAGACUUGCGUCAUCGUAUUUUAAUACCUUGUAAGAAUUACUCCACCAUUAUGACUGUUAAUUAUCAUAAAUAUUAAUUAAAAAAAUAUUUGUAAUGCUUGUACAAAAUUUGAAAAUAUCCUAUCCUUUGCUUAUAAUAUUAUUCAUUCACACUGCGUGAAUAUAAAAUCGUACUUUG